AUGACUACGGAUUCGCUCGCGCAUCAUCCGACGGAGUCUCUUAUCCUUCCCAACAAGCGCCGCUUCUUCCCCUUCAAAAUUCCCAACUUCCAUCAACAACUUCGCAACUACAUUAGCACCGCGGACCCGGACAGGAUUUACGUUGUCGUCGAGCGAGUCAUAUACUCGAUUCACAUUUCAUCACAAAAGCGGGAGACCAUUGCCGUUAUUCCGUUCGAGCCAAAAUGUCUUGCUGCUGGUCACGGUUGGAUUGGGGUGGGGGGCGCCGAUAAUGGGGAAUGCGCAUUUGUUGGGCUAUCGUCCGAUCGGAGUCCGCGCGCCCGUGCCGAUACACCGGCUUUCCAGCCGUCGGACGUGGACAGUGCUUUGCCAAUCGAUCUUGAACCGCCUGCGAGGAUAUCGCCGCCUUGGAUGCCUGGCGACGAGCCUGGACCGGCUCGCCAUGGCAAUAGUAGGCAGGUUCCGGAGGUGCAAUUGCACAAGUUCGGAGGCAGUAUCGUCAACUCCGUGACGAUCCAUCGUCUGCCGGGGGAUGGGAAGGAGCUAGCGGAGGAAGAUAUAGCCAUUCUCAGUAAUAACGAUAAGACCGUUACCGUCUAUUCCCUGGCCCGGUCAAAAGUCCUCAAGGUACUUCAUCAUCCGGCGUGCAUGAACUAUGCGAUCAUGUCGCCAGAUUCAACCGUCCUUGCCGCGGUUGGUGAUGAGACACGUGCAUAUUUCUAUGAUGUUACCCGCGACCUCGAUGCAGUGACUGUGACGGAUGAUGGUGACAAAGUUUGUGGAUGGAACUGGGACCUUCUUCGUUGUAUAGAAAUGGACAUAGGCACACGCUUUGACGAUGGAUGCUGUUUUACUGUCGCCUUUUCUCAAUUCAGUCGAUUAUGCGCGAUUGGUUCGCAGUCUGGAGUUAUCACCAUCUUUGACGUUGGGACUAUCCGCGAUAUUAUUCGCCAGCCUCAGGGCCAAAAUGCGAUAAUUUGUCGCUUCAACUCGUCAAGAGCUUGCUGCAAUGGAGGCGCUGUACGAUGUAUGGCGUUUGCACCUGAGCCCUGGGAUCUCCUGGUAUGGCUUGAAGACAAGGGGCGAGCUGGGAUUGCCGAUGUCCGUCGCGGUUUCGUUCGCAGACAGAUACUGGAACUGGAUAUGAACGAGCCAGACUUGCAGGAAGUCCGUACGGAGCCGUUGCUGGAUGACUUAUUAUUCGAACUCGAUAGUCGAGCCUCCCCGGACACACGGCAUGAACUCGACGCAUCACAGCGAGCGAUUGACGCGUUAGAUGAAGCACUCCAUAACCGAGGCGCGACGGGUUCGGGCAAUUCGCCACUAAGUGAGAGCCUGAUACAGGACCUCACGGAAAGAGAGAGGCUGAUUGUUGAAUUUCUGAAUACAGCACGAUGGACGUCGAGGAUGGAGGACGGGUUAGCAGAGCGGCGAGCUAGAGCUAAUGCUCAUCCUCACCCUACAGUGCGCCCCCGAUUCCACGGUCCGACGGAUGAGGCCAGUCGAGCCUCCGGUCCUACUUCGCCUCCACCGCGCAGCCAUCCAAACCGAGAACUGUACCAAGAAGACUCGCAAACGGGAACUGGUGAUCGCAGCCAACACGCGAGACGCCAGGGUUCUGUUCUACUGACUCCUAGCCACAAUGAAGCCAGCAGUAGGACACCCGAAACGGGACUAGUAAACCCCGAUCCGCAGCCUAGUAUUACACUCAGCUGGACUGCUUCGCCCUCAGAGAUAUACCCUAAUCGUUCGGACACCCCUGCGCAUGCUGCAGAUUCCAGCUCCAGUGAGCUUAACAGUUCCGGUAACGAACAGGGCUCUGCGGCUCGGCUUCAUGGCACAAUGAACCGUCCAUCGGCCAAUUUUGAUUAUUCUAAUACCACAGCAGACUUGUUGCCCCCGCCAAGAAACCAUCAGCGAUCCCGUUCAGGCCACAGACGGCUUGAGAGUCAGGACGGCACGCCCGAGGUUUUGCAAGAUCCACCGCGGCUUUCCGGCACUGAAUUGAGAGCCAGCGUGGCCGUGGAACGCCUUCGACGGCAACAGCGACAGAAUGCCAUGUUACCACACAGCCGGCAAAGUCACCUGCGGUAUCGGCAGACACAGUGGGAUUUCGAACAAGCUCGUUCACCUCGAUGGAUUCGUAACGUGUUGAACGAACUUCCUGACCGUAGCCUGGGCAUUGGUCGAGACCAGGAACCGGGUAGCACAGCUGGUAUUGGUUGGGGUGCAGAUGGCCGAACAUUAUACGUCGCCACUGUGGACGGAAUCUUCGAAUACCAGGUCAAUGUAACAGACAGGAAGACCUUCCCUGUCAUCACCUAUCGUUAG